AUCCAACAAAAAAUAUUUCUCCAGGAAAUUCAUUGUAUCUCCCCCUCCCUCCUUCUCUCUCUUUCUAUCGGUUGUUUGGUGUGGAUCUGAAGUGUUGAUUCAUCGUCGAUGUGCGUAAAGGAUCGCGAACCAGGAGAGCUAUGCGACUUAGCUGAAGCCUCUAGAAGAAGACAAAAAAACUAAGGGCAUAUGAUGGACUUUUAGUGAACAUGUGCAUUCGAUUCCUAAUCUAAUUGUACAAAAGUUGAAGAAACACCAAGGCUUGCGGGUUUUUGGUUUCUUUAGCAUCUGAGCAAAAAUGAAAGGAGGAAAUUCCCAUAGAUUGAAGGGAAGACAUCUCUCCCUUUCCCUAACCGCUCUCUUUCUCACAACUAUACUACUCUGGGCUUGGGAGAAGAGACCUUUUAUCACAAGCAUGCAAUUGGCUCAAAAUCAUUUUGUGAUGCCUUCUUCUGAUUUUGUUGAGGAUGCCCAAAAAGAUUCCUCAUUGAAUUUGGAGAAGCAAGUGGAGGAGGUCAAUUCUGAUUCAAUUACUACUGAAGAAGCAAAAGAACCACUAGAAAAUUAUAGCACUGCAGGAAUGACGAACACAUUCCCUGAGGAAAGAAAAGAUGAUAAUGCUGUUUUGACAGUCUCUUCCAAAUCAAAAGGCUGUAAUUAUGCCAAGGGUAGAUGGGUCGCGGACAGCAGGCGCCCUUUAUAUUCUGGUUUUGGAUGUAAGCAGUGGUUAUCAGAAAUGUGGGCAUGUAGACUGACCCAACGAACAGAUUUCUCUUAUGAGGGAUAUCGAUGGCAACCAAAUGAGUGCAAAAUGCCAGAGUUUGAUCGUUUUGCAUUCUUGAGAAGGAUGCAGGGAAAAACAAUUGCAUUUAUCGGAGAUUCAUUGGGCAGGCAGCAAUUCCAGUCCAUGAUGUGUAUAGCCACAGGAGGGGAAGAAAGCCCUGAAAUUGAAGACGUAGGAAGAGAAUUCGGCUUAGUCAAACAUCAUGGAGCCAUACGUCCUGAUGGAUGGGCUUAUCGGUUCCCAAGCAGCAAUACCACCAUUUUAUAUUAUUGGUCAGCGAGCCUUGCUGACCUAGAGCCUUUAAAUAGAGAAGACCGAGCCAGUGAUGUUGCCAUGCAUUUGGAUCGUGCGCCAGCUUUCAUGAGGCAGUUCCUCAAUCAGUUUGAUGUCUUAGUUCUUAAUACAGGGCAUCACUGGAAUAGAGGGAAGAUUAAUGCUAACCAUUGGGUGAUGUAUGUAAAUGGACAGCCUGUUGCGGAUAGAAAGCUAUUGCAGAUUGGGAACGCCAAGAACUUUACAGUUCACAGUAUUGCCAAGUGGCUUGAUUCACAACUGCCAUUGCAUCCUCAACUUAAGGUUUUCUUCAGGACCAUCUCACCGAGGCAUUUCCUUAAUGGGGACUGGAACACAGGGGGCAGAUGUGAUAAUACCAAGCCGUUGACCAAAGGGAGUGAAAUUUUGCAAGAUGAAUCAAGUGAUACAGUUGUUGAGGAUGCUGUCAAGGGUACGAGGGUAAAGAUUUUGGACAUAACUGCUCUCUCUGAACUGAGAGAUGAGGGUCACAUUUCUCACUACAGCAUUAAGGCAAGUGAGGGUGUAAAUGACUGCCUGCAUUGGUGCCUACCCGGAAUUCCAGAUACAUGGAAUGAACUUCUAAUUGCACAGAUAUAGGCCCUUACCCACCAUCUCCGAAGGUUUUCUGGGAGAUGCGGAGGCUAUCUAUCUGCAAUUCUUUUGGGCUGCAAAUACUGCUGUCUGAUAGGUAACUUUCCACAUUUUAUAUUUAUUUAAUGAGAUAGUAGUCAAAGCACCUAGUUGUAGUACAUUUGUUAUACUUGUAUGGGGAUGAAGGAAUUCUUUAAUAUUGACUAGAGUUCGCAUAAGAUUCGGAACAACGAGGUUGUCAGAGACUCAGAAGAAAGGUUGUACUCUAAGAAAUUAUUCACAAUUCUACGGUUGCUGUGCCAAAGUGGCCUUGUAUUGUAUGUAUCUAUGACUGUUAUUGAUCUAUAAAAUUAACGGUAUCCACACGGAUUCCCAUUCUUUUGCA